GGACAAUCUCGGCAAUGUCUCAAAGCAAAUCAGUAUUCAUCAUCGGACCAGGCUUCAUCGGCUGGAAUGUCCUGGAGCUUCUCGUCGAUGAAGGCCACUCGGUAACUGGCCUUGUCCGACGCAAGGAGCACGGCGAGCAGAUCAAGAAAUCCGGAGCAUCCGUGGUCUACGGCGAUCUGAACGACAAGCAACUGAUCUCAGAGCACACUGCUCAAAGCGACAUCGUCAUCCACACCGCGACAGCCGAUCACCUACCCAGUAUUCAGGCAGUCCUGGAUGGACUGCGACAGCGGGCGUCGAAGAACCUCAUGACAACUUUUAUCCACACUUCUGGCACCAGUGUUCUCGACGAUGGUUCUCUCAAUGCGUACAAGAGCGACAAGAUCUACCGCGAUGAUGAACGAUCCGAUGUCGACUCUGUCAAAGACAACGCGCCACACCGUGAGAUUGACAUCGCCAUUGUCAAAUGCCAGAAAGAACUCGGAGAAAAGGCAAAGAUGGCCAUCAUAAUUCCGCCGUUGAUCUUCGGUUUCAACCCCAAUCACGGUCGCCUGACCAUUCAAAUCCCGACCCUCACACGAUUCGCUCUCAAGCAUGGCUUCGCACCUCAUGUCGGCAAGGGACUUGGCGUCGAAUCAAACAUCCAUGUGUUGGAUCUGGCUCGUGCAUACAUUGUACUG